AUGUCAAUUCCACAAGGAAGUAUUCCCCAGUACUACAACAACAAUGUUGCACCCGGGUACGGCAACAUGUUUUCCCAACAGCAGCAACAACAGCAGCAGCAGCAACCCCAAAUCCAGGUCUGGAUGGGUGAACUUGAUCCGUGGUGGGAUGAAAUGGCCAUCAGACAGAUCUGGCAAGCCGUUGGCAUCUCGGAUACCAUCUCCUCGAUCAAGAUUAUCAGGGACAAGAAUGCCAUGGCAAAUGGGUUGAACAAUUCUGGUUAUUGUUUCUUGAGAGUCAACACUGUUGAUGAUGCUCAGCAGAUUCUGUCGCAUCAUGGUGCGGUCGUCCCAAAUACCAACAAGUUCUUCAAGCUGAACUGGGCUUCCCAGGGUAAUCCUCAGUUCAGCGGACGUCUGCAGCCAACUCACCAGUCCAUCGGACCGGAGUUCACCAUCUUUGUUGGUGAUUUGCCGCAAGGUAUCAACGAGAGCCAGCUCUUGGAGUUUUUUAAUGCUCGGUACCAGUCCUGCUACAACGCCAGAGUAAUGGUUGAUCCUAACACUGGAAACCCAAGAGGCUACGGAUUUGUUAAGUUUGGAGAUGAAGCCGAACAACAGAGAGCCCUCAUUGAGAUGCAAGGUGCUGUUCUGAAUGGCCGUCCAAUCAGAGUUUCGACUGCUGUCAAGAACAGCACCAACCCUGUUUCCAAUCAGCACCAGAUGAACUCCCAAUUCCAGAAGAUUGUGAUUCCUCCUCAGCAGUUUGUUCCCCCUUUGCAGCAGUUCUCCGAUCCGAACAACACUACCGUUUUCAUUGGUGGUUUGAACUCUUAUGUUUCUGUGGACGAGUUGAGACACUAUUUCGAGAGGUUUGGCGAGAUAUCCUACGUCAAGAUCCCACCGGGAAAGAACUGUGGAUUCGUCCAGUACUUGCUCCGUUCGUCUGCCGAGAAAGCCAUCACUGAAAUGCAAGGUUAUCCUAUUGGUCAGUCUAGAAUCAGGGUCAGUUGGGGUGCCAGAGCAGCCCAGAGGUCUCACUACCAACAGCAGCAGCAAAGAAUGGCUGUCAUUGGUAAUCAACUUCCAGGUGGUCUGAUGAACAUGGAGCAAGAUGGACAAUUCGGCCCAGCCUUGUCAAACCCUGACUUCCAGGCUCAACAGCAGAUGCUUGCGGAGCAGAUUCCGUUCACGCCUGGUGGAGUGCCUACCAACGAGAAGAUACUUAAUGAAAUGUAUCUUGCCGCUAGAGAUGGCCAAUUAGACAGACUAGAAUUGGAUUCGAAGGGAUACGAGUGA